AUGAAUCAGCUCAACAAUCCAUGGGGUUUGUAUGUCGAUGAUGAUCAAGCUAUCUACAUUGCUGAAUAUUCUAAUCAUCGGAUUAUGGAAUGGAAAUAUGGUGCAACAACUGGUCGAGUUGUGGCCGGUGGAAGUGGACAAGGACACCGUCCUGAUCAGUUGCAGUAUCCGAGAAAUGUGAUUGUUGAUAAAGAAAGCGAUAAUAUCAUUAUUUGUGAUUUUGAAAAUAGAAGAGUAGUUCGAUGGCCUCGCCAAAAUGGUACAAAUGGAGAAACGAUUAUCGCAAACGUUAGAUGUUUUGGCUUGACAAUAGACAACGAUGGAUUUCUCUACAUUGUUGAUUAUGAUAAACAUGAAGUUAGACGAUAUCGAAUGGGAGAAAGUCAAGGAACAGUGGUUGCAGGUGGAAAUGGACAAGGAAAUCGUCUCGAUCAGCUGAGCAAUCCGACAUACGUGUUUAUUGAUCGAAAUCAUUCAGUGUAUGUAUCAGAUUACGGUAACCAUCGUGUGAUAAAGUGGAUGAAAGGUGCGAAACAAGGCAUUGUUGUGGCUGGUGGUCAAGGUCAAGGAAAUAGUCUUGCACAAUUGUCAAAUCCUGGCGGAGUUGUCGGAGAUCAAUCAGGUACUGUCUACGUGGUUGACCAGUCAAAUAAUCGAAUAAUGCGUUGGACUCAAGGAGCUGCACUGGGAAGUGUCAUCGCUGGUGGAAAUGGUCAAGGAAGUCAAUCCAAUCAAUUCUCGUAUCCCACCUGUUUGUCAUUUGAUAGAGAAGGUAAUCUCUACGUGAGUGACUAUGGAAAUCAUCGAGUACAAAAGUUCAACAUUGAUCGAAGUUGA